AUGAGCGCCCUCCAGAGUCAUCCGGCAUGGCAGGUCCUACUCGACAACAAGACAAACAAGCCGUACUACUACAACCGCGCCGCCAACAUCAACACGUACACAGUGCCCGAUGAUCUUUUGACUCCGGCUCAGAAAGCUACUGGAUGGGCGCAAACCACAGCCGAAGGAGGUAGAGUCUACUUUUUCCGCAAGGACGACAAGACAAAGACAUCAUGGACCCCUCCACCUGGCUGGGAAACUCCUGCUGCUCCUGUCCCAGAGGCUCCGCAAUUCGUAUCGUCUAGCUUCCAGGCUCACCCUCCCGCUCGCGAGCAGAGAGGUCCCAGAGAGAGCAGGCCCUUCCACGACCGCCGCGAAGAGAGCAACUACCGUGGCCCCAUCGCCGUUGCCGCUACCGGCCCCGAAUAUGGUACCCGCGAGGAAGCAGAGGCAGCUUUCACCAAGCUGCUGAGGAAAUCUGGUGUUCAACCUGGCUGGUCGUGGGAGCGCGCCAUGCGUGCCACUAUCCAGGACCCUCAAUACCGCGCCAUCAAGGAACCUAAUGAAAGAAAGGCCGCCUUUGAGAAGUACCUCGAUGAUGUCGUGCGCGAAGAUCAGGAGCGCGAGAAGGAGCGUAUCAAGAAGUUGCGCUCAGACUUCCGCUCUAUGCUGCAAACACACCCCGAGAUCAAGCACUAUACGCGCUGGAAGACUGCCCGCCCCAUGUUGGAAAACGAAGCCGUCUUCCGUGCUACUGACAAUGAAGACGAGAAGCGCCGCAUGUUCGACGAAUACCUUAUCGAUCUCAGAAAGGCCGCCGAAGACAAGCGCCAGCGUGACUACGAUGCUGCAAUGACAGGCGUUGCCGACAUCUUGCAGAACCUCGAUCUCAAUGCCAAAUCGCAGUGGAUGGACACACGUGAACGUCUGCACUCACACCCUAUCUUCCAGGAAGACCCCAAGUACAAGAUUCUGUCACCUUCCGAGCCCUUGCAAAUCUUCGACCGCUAUAUGCGUAGACUAUGGAACGACGCACACACCGAGAAGCAACGUGCAGCUCAGCUCAAGGCUCGCGAGCAGCGCAAGGCAAGAGAGGGUUUUGCUGCUCUGCUGGCCGAGCUCAGAGAAGCAGAGACCAUCAAGCCUGGUACCAUGUGGAAAGAAGUUUACCCAUUGAUUGAGAACGAGCCUCGCUACGUCAAGUUGAUGGACAAUCUAGGUCACAAGGACCGUGUUACCGAUGGUUCUACNCCCCAGGACAUUUUCUUCGACUUCCUGGACGACUUUGACAAGGAGGUUCAUGACAUCCGUCCUGCAGUUGAAGCUACCCUCAAAGAAGAACAUUUCCGCUUCACGCCCUCGACCACUCUUGAAGAAUUCUUGCACGCUAUCAGACACGACCGACGCAUUUCGGCCAUGAACCCACACCUCUUGGAAGAGGUAUACAAAAGACUGCAUAGAAACGCCCUCGACAGGGAAGAGGACAUUGAGCGUGACGCCAAACGCCAACAGCGCAAGGCUGUCGAUGCAUUGCGUUCGCGCAUCAAGCAUUUAGAACCCCCAGUUCUGAUCGGGGACACAUGGGAGCAGGUGCGUCCACGUGUUGAGCGCAGCGAAGAAUACAAGGCCGUGACCAGCGACGAGGACCGCCAACUCGCCUAUGACAAAUUCAUGAACAGACUCAAGGAAGACGCGGCCGAGCGAGAGCGUCUACGCCGUCAUGACAGAGAACGCGAAAGAGACCGCGACAGACGCCGAGACCGUGACCGCCGUCGUAGCCGAUCGCCUCCUUCUCGCGAGGUCGACGCUUACGAAGCCGACCGCCGCCGUGCUGCAACCGAACGUGAGCGUCAGUACCGCCAUUCGAGCAUCAGCGGGUUGUCACCACCACCUCGCGAACGCCCAAGAGCUCGCGACGACCGCUACGAGCGAGACGUCGGUGACCCGAGAAGAGAACGACAAGUCAGUCUCUCCAUCUACGACCGCGAAAGACGAGAACGCGAGGCCGAACGUGAGCGAUCGUACAUUAGUCGUGCCGACCCACGCACAAAGGCCAGCGAACUCGACUACGGCGACGGCGGAGACAGCCCCAAGCCUGAGAGCACUUCGGGCGGAAACAACAGCAACAAGAGAUCUGCGGCCAGCAAUGGCGACGGCGAUGCAAAGAGACAGGCCAAGCGCCCUCGUGUCGGUGAGCACUCUUCCCGCAACGGUGGUUCCGUGACUCCCGCUCCCUCGGCUGCAGGAAACGACGAGCCCGCGCUGCAGUCUGGCAGUGAAGAGGGCGAGAUUGAAGAGGUCUAG